AUGGUCCACUUGCGCGUUGUCGACAUGCUCCUCGGUGACACGAGAUCCACUCUGGAAGCUGGCCUCUCCAAACGAGGCACCCAUGGUCUACUUUACCACGACUUAUGGGGGCCGCGAGAGAAGUCCAUGGGCAACCCAUGGUCGACUGCAAAUCCCGAGGGGACUGUGAUUCUCCGCCUCGCCGAGAACAGCCUUAUGCACGGCGAAGUUGCAGCUUUCAUCAGGGAACAGCCGCCCGAGACUCUAAGAGCAUUUGCCUCAUUUUGCGGGAAACACAGACUGCACUUUAUCUCCGACGAGAUCUAUGCGAAAUCAGUCUUCUCCAACACAGGAGUCCCGCUUCCAGAGCCAUUCGUGUCCACCUUGUCUCUGGACCUCCGCGGUGUUAUUGACCCGCAACGGCACCACGUCCUCUACGGCGCAAGCAAGGAUUUUUGCGCAAACGGCUUACGGCUAGGUGUUGUGUAUACUCAGGACAAGGAGCCGUGCCAGAGCUGUGCCGCGGCUAAGCAAGCAUGCGAGUACCGUGAAGUCGACCGUAAAAGGCGGCCUGCCACCCAUGAAUAUGUGGCCAGCCUGGAGAACAGGGUCGCAUGGCUCGAGUCGUUCAUCGGCAGACUCCAAGCGGCGCCGGGUCCAGAGCGCGACGAGAUGCUGCAAAGUGUUUCAUUUGGGGAUCACCUGCCGGUCCCACAGCCAUCGACAUCGAUGGCGAACCCGGGGAACGAGAAGGGCGGCGGCCACAAGCGAGAGAGCAGUGCCAAUCUGCAAGUAGACCUCGAAGGGUCGCUCAUCUAUCACGGCGCGACGAGCAUCUAUCGUGCACACUCGGGGAGACCAGCGACGGGGAACGCAUUUGGCCAGCAUUCCGCCUUUUCGAAACACGCCACGGACUCCGACGGCAAUUUCGAGUACGUCGCGGAACAUUUCGGCAUCAGCUUGCAUGAUGAGCUGGUGCAUGAUGCCCUGUUGCAGUUUUUCAGGUGGCAGUAUCCGCACUUUAUGUUCAUCUAUCGCGAAGCGUUUCUGAGGGACCACUUCUCUGAUCGGGUCGGCUGCAAGUACUGGUCUCCGGCCUUACUCCUGGCUGUGUGCGCUCUGGGGACGUUGAUGUCACCUGAUAAGAGGCAUCGGGAGUCGAGUGCACAAUUCUUCUCUGCUGCUGAGAGCAUUCUCAUUGUCUCUGGGCUCACAAAGCCUUCUAUAGUCACUGUCCAGGGGUUUCUCUGUCUCGCCUUCUACGAGAUCGGACGAGGGAAUCUAUCCAAAGGAUGGGGCUUCUCAGGUAUCGCCUUCCGAAUGGCACAGGAUCUAGGUUUUCAAAAAGACCCGAAACACUGGGUAUCCCAUGAUUCAUCGCUGGCGACUGAAGAAGACAUGGAAAUCCGCAGGCGCAUCUUCUGGGGCUGCUAUUCAUCGGAUAAGUUGAUCAGCCUGAUCCUUGGGCGGCCUGUGUAUCUCUUCUACGACGACGCAGAAGUUGAUACCACCAACAGACUUCCCGACCUUCCUGAGAUGGGACCAUGGCUGCCGGCUGGAUUCGCGGAUUACGACGGGUCUUCGGGCGCGGUCAACCCACUGAUACCUUGCUUUAAAGAGCAAAUUCGCCUCUCCAAAAUCAUCGAGAAGAUGCUCUCCAAACUAUUCUCCCCAAAGUCCAACCUGGAAGGCCUUGGCCGUCAGUCGUGUCUCGACACCUUCAACAUCGAGCUGUGUGCCUGGCACGAGGCGCUGCCGGAGUGCGCCAAGUGGAAUAAAUGGGAGCCACCAAGCGCACCGCUCAUACCAUGCGUGGCCGCUCUUCACCUGCUCUUCCGGAGCGUCCGCAUUGCACUCAACUUUGACCACGCCACUUCGGAGAACACAGAGGUAGCUGCAAAAGACAACGCACGCAACGACUGCGUAGCCUCGGCACAAGAUAUUGCCCACAUCGUGCGGAAAUAUCGCAGCCAAUUCGGUCUGGGGCAUAGCCCGUUGAUGAUGAUCUACGGAAUCAUGCAAGCGGCGAGGACCCUGGCGGUGUUUGGUACACCGGAAGAAGCACAGUACUUGUUGUUAUCCCUCGACGAGUGCUCUUCUGCUUGGGCUCUAGCUCAUCAGGCCAGAGAUAGGUUGACACACAUUGACAUGUAA